AGCAAGUUACGAUCGUCAUUAAGUGAAUACCACUCAACUAAAAAGAUGCGUUCCGUUCUUAUUUUCUUCGCCAUCUUAGCAUUUGGAUACUCAUCCGAAUUAAAAUUGGGCCAUAAAUUGAAAAUACGUGAUGAUUUGUUACGUGUUCAUCAAAGAGCCUUUGAAGACACCAUAAAUGAAACUUUAAAUUGUAUCAGAUACAACUUAGAGAAUGGUUUGCCAGAAUUUAAUUUUUCAUCCGUUAAAACAAUAUCUGUUGACGAUUUUUAUUUAAAUGUUGAUAACCUCAACUUUACUGGUGCAAGUGGUUACGCCCACGUUCAUGAUUUAACCUUCACUGGAUUAACAAGUUUUUACGCACCGGAAAUCACCGGAACUGUUUCUAUGAUACCAAUGGGUUAUCAAUUAGACAUCAACUUUGUAUUUCAAAAUUUUGAUCUUAACACUUUGUACGAUUUAGAAAUGAUUGUCGACGGAAUGCACGUUCAUGGUGAUGGCAACUUAAAUUGGAAAAUGGGAGAUCUUUCAUUGAGGCUUAGCGUUUUUCUUUCAUUGAGUGACCCUCUUGAAAUUCAAAAUUUAUCGAUUUUAGUUAAUAUUGGUUCAUCUCAUGCUGAGAUAUCUGGUUGGUUCAAUGAUGAUGAGCACAGUGCAAUUUUCACCGAUCUUUUCAACAAUUAUUUAGUCCCAGCUUGGGUUAAUCAACAACCUGAAGACAUCGAUGAAGCAUUGAGUCCUCUUAUACAAGAUUAUAUCAAUUCAAUGUUAGCGCCGGGAGACGAAGGUGGAGAAGGUGGAGAAGGUGGAGACGGCGGAGAUGGUGGUUUACCUGAUGGAUUUAUUGAUGCUCUUAUAACUUGUGAUGCUAAUAUUCAACGAAAUUAAUUGUAGAUAAUAAACUUGUUGAAAUUGAUAAAAGAU